AUGGCUACCCACAUCGACGCCUCGACCACCAAGGACGGACGGGACAUCACCGUCGCCAGCGAUACGGAGGUCAGUCUCGUCGAGUAUCAGUGCGUCACAUCGCACGGCAACACGGCGGUGUCGGACGCCUCGGACCCGGUGGCGGUCUCGUACUCGCCGGGCAAGGCGGUGCUCAGGGCGCCGAGCGCGUCGGUGAAGAAGGGCCGCGUGCACAUACCCGUGCACGACCCGCCCGGCGUCCUCGACAAGACGUACGCCCUCGAGAACAUUCUCGUCUCCUUUGACGUGGAGUCGGACGCGUCAAUCGACAUGGUGACGCUCUACUACGACGGCGCCAAGGUGGUGUCCACCAACGUGACCAGGAAGAACACGUUCCACAUUGACUUUUCGACCAACGAGGCCGCCAAGUACGCCUACGUGCUGCCGUCGGGCAUCUGCUUGUCGUUGGAUGUGGUGUUUCAGAGUGCGAAGUCGGUCGUCCAGCUGUACUCGGUCACGCUCGUGUACAGGGCGGUUUGA